GUAGCCCAGGCUAGCAGCGUUAGCAGGGCUUCAGCGCUCCGGUGCGGUUUUAGUCUCGCGGUGUCGUUUUCCCGUUUCUCCGCUGUUUAUUCCUACCGGCGCGGUUGAUGCUCGCGGGCGGCUGGCCGGUUGUGUCGGGUCGGUCUCGGGGCUGAGCGGCGGCUCGCCGGUGGAUUCGCUCUGCGGGGGUCGGCGAGGAGGAGGAAGGUGAAGUUUGGAUGGAUCCGAGGGUCGCCUGGAUUCAGCCGGAGCAGAAGGGACCUGCCAACGCGCUGUGGAUGCAUGUGUGGGAAACCUCUCAGGGACGGUCCAGCUCCGGCAGCCACCACCACCAUCACCAUCACCACCACCAUCAUCAUCAUCACCACCACCUUCAUCACCACAGCCACGGCAAACACGCAGCAGCGGCGCCGGCCAGAGACGCGUGUAACAUUAACGUUAAUGUCAUCGACCCCGCACCCAGCGUUAGCCUCCAUCAGCACCACCAGAGCAACGCCGAUGCUCGAAGCGGCGCCGCGGUUACCGGUGUGGCGAUAUUACCGACCGAUAUUAACCGCGAUAUCCAGUCGCUGAGCAGGACUGGCGGAGGCGGGGAGGACAACGCCGCCACAGCAUCUUCUCCUUCUGCCCGAACUGGCACGGACAGCCCUUCCACCAUAAGGACUAAUGAACUGACCACCGCUGGCCUCCUGUCUGGAAACAUGAACCAGAACACCGGAGGCGCCCGCUUCUUGCUGAACUUUGCCGAGAACGUCUUGAACAAUGUCAACGUCAACCAGCACCAUCACUACCAUCAUCAUCCUCCCCCUCCUCCCCUUCUUCCCCCUCAUCCGAGGUACCCCCAGCAGGAGCAGCGGCAGGACUGCAUGAAGCGCCACUCGUUACAGCCCGCCGGCUUCAGCAACCACCUCCACCAUCACCCUGGGCGGAGGAAAAGUGACAACAAGGCCAGCACGUACGGCAUCAACUACUUGCUCUCCAGUUGGACUAACGGCAACAGUGUGAGCUCCGGCACGCCUUGGAAGACCCGGACGUACAGCCCGGGAGUCAACGGGCUGCAUGAGGAGAUCAUAGACUUCUACAACUUCAUGUCCCCUCGUCCUGAGGAGGCCACUAUGAGGCAAGAGGUGGUUGACCGAAUAGAGUCCGUCAUCAAAGAGCAGUGGCCAAGUGCUGACGUUCAGAUAUUUGGCAGCUUUAGCACUGGACUGUACCUCCCGACCAGCGACAUCGACUUGGUGGUGUUUGGGAAAUGGGAGAGACCCCCCUUACAGCAGUUGGAGCAGGCCCUCCGAAAGAAUAACGUGGCAGAGCCGUACUCCAUCAAAGUACUUGACAAAGCUACGGUACCGAUUAUCAAACUGACAGACCAGGAAACAGAGGUCAAAGUGGACAUCAGUUUCAAUGUGGAGACUGGGGUCAAAGCUGCCCGCUUCAUCAAAGAUUAUGUGAAGAAGUAUACCGUGCUGCCUUACUUGAUCUUCGUUCUGAAGCAGUUCCUCCUACAGAGAGACCUGAAUGAAGUCUUUACUGGAGGCAUCAGUUCCUACAGCCUCAUCCUGAUGGUCAUCAGCUUUCUGCAAUUACACCCACGAUUCGAUGCCCGGACUCCGAACACAAACCUGGGCGUUCUGCUCAUCGAGUUCUUCGAGCUGUACGGCAGGCAUUUCAACUACCUGAAAACGGGCAUCAGGAUAAAGAACGGCGGAGCGUACAUGGCUAAAGAGGACAUCAUGAAGGCCAUGGGCAACGGCUACAGGCCCUCUAUGCUCUGCAUAGAGGACCCUCUGCUUGCAGGUAAUGAUGUGGGCAGGAGCUCGUAUGGAGCCAUGCAGGUGAAGCAGGUUUUUGACUAUGCCUAUAUCGUCCUCGGCCAUGCAGUGUCACCACUUGCAAACUCCUAUCCCAACAAAGACAGCGACAGCACAUUGGGGCGCAUCAUUAAGGUCACCCAAGAAGUGAUCGACUACAGGGAGUGGAUCGUUCAGAAGUGGGGCAGCAAGCACGUUUCCCGUUCAGAGAGGAAUGGCGGUCCGGCUCAUAAAGACUGUGUGGAUCAGGCGGACCCCAGCGCUCUGCUGGGUGUGGGUGUGGAGGAGCCGCCCCAGAGGGACUCUGUCUCUCCGAACAGUGCCGACUCACCCAUGUCUCUAUCCAGCCCCCAACAGCACUCCUCUGCCUCCUCGCUGUCCGGCAGUGAUAUCGACUCAGACUGUACGCCCUGUGCAGCUCCAGUAGUGACGUCCUAUCCUCUGCAGACUCUGGCCCUUGGCGCGCUGCCUGCUGACCUGCAGAUGGGCAAAGCUAACAUCAGCACUCCGCUCUCAAUGCCCCCGACCAACCAGGGGAGAGUGUCGAUGGCAGGGAGUCUUCCUGUCCACGUUUUACCUGGCAGACAGGCAGGUCCCAAGUUCCCCCUGAAGGGCUUCCACAACCCUGCAGUGGUGCACAGCCCAGUCCUGGCCAACCGCAGCCACAUGCAGUACAACCGUAACCCGGCCCGCCGCAGGAAGAGGGACAGUUUGCCGGCCAGUGUCAGCAGAUAAACACCACAGCACCCCCUACCUCCAGCCCCUCUCUCACCCUCUUCUCAUCAUCACCCUCCUCCUCCUCCUCCUAUUCAUCCCUGUCCCGUCUUUAAAAUAAUGCGAACUCAACGGCCUUCGCCCCUGCUGGUGGGGUGUGGACGGAGAGACCAGCGGUUCCUGCCCCAGCUCACUGCAGUAGCUGUGGUCAUGGUGGUGCUACUUUCACUCUACCACACAAUCUCUGCAUGGUUUCUUUCUUUUUCUUUUUUUCGGUUUUCUUACCUGGACGAUGCCCUUAAGGAUGCUUCAGAAACAGAAACAUCAUUAACCCUGUAAUGUCCGUUCACAAGGAAAAUUAGUUUUUUGUUUGUAUGUUUGUUUUUGUUGUUGUAUUUGUAAACCUUUUCUGUGUGAUUUCACUUUUUAAUCUUGUUUUAAUGGUUUUGUUUUGGCCUUAAAGGACCCCAUCUAUAGAUGGGAUGUGCUGGA